UCCGGGCCGGAGCAGGCCUUGCUCUGGCAUGUCGUCGUCUUCGUCUUCGUCGUUGUCAUCGGCAACGAGCGGUCUGAAAACCCUACAGGCCAUAACCACCUCCACGCCACACCAUUUCCGCACCAGAGCUUCUCUGCUCCGCCGCCCGCUUCGUUUCAAGCACAAGCUCAGCUUCUCUCUCUCCAUCCCUCUCCCGCGCUUCUCUCCGCUCUGUUCUUUGUGUAUUCCUCGCGUGAGGGGGGCAACGGGAGUUGCUUGCCUAAUGGUGUAGGCGAGGCAGUCAGCGGGGCUUCGCCAGAGAAGCUUCUUCAAGUCGUGUUAGUUUCUCCUCAGAUUCCUGGUAACACUGGAUGCAUUGCCAGAACUUGUGCUGCAUCAGCUGUUGGACUACACCUUGUUGGGCCUUUAGGUUUUCAGGUGGAUGACACAAAACUAAAGCGGGCUGGAUUAGAUUAUUGGCCAUAUGUAGUUGUCAAAGUGCAUGAUUCUUGGGCAGAAUUUCGAAAUUACUUCAGUCAACAGGAUGGAGAAAAACGGAUGUUGGCAUUUACGAAGAGAGGAACAACUAUUCAUUCCGAAUUCUCCUACAGACGAGGCGACUGGCUUGUUUUUGGGUCGGAAACUAGUGGACUGCCACCUGACGCCCUGCUCGACUGCAAGAAGGAAGCGUUCGGAGGGGGUACCAUUCGGAUUCCAAUGGUGGAAACGUAUGUUAGGUGCUUAAAUCUGUCUGUGAGUGUUGGCAUUGCUUUAUACGAAGCUUCAAGACAGCUAAACUAUGAGCAGCUGCAAUGCCCUUCUGAACCUUGUAGUUCAAAUGGUGAUGAAUCAUUCAUCGUUGAAGAUAUUUUUGCUUAAUUCAGUAGCAGUGAAAUAGUUUGAUUGCGAAAGCAAAAGCAGGAAACGGGUUGAUACUGAAUACUGACGGACUCUCAUUAUUCAGACAAAUGCAUGUAGAAGGAUGAAAGUUUUGGUAGAUUUGCAAUUGCAAGUUUUGAUCGGUUUUGGUUUUCAAAUUUACCCGUGUUUCAUUUUUACUCAUUUGUCUUUUGGCCCAAGUAAAGGGUACAUUAGUGUCAAUAGACUCUUUCCAUAAAGCUAGGUAAUUGUCACUUUUGUGGGAUCAGUUUACAUUUAUUGUGUAUGUUAUAUGCAAAGAUUGUCCA